UUAUGUUUGUCAUAUUUCAGGAGUGUCUCAAAUUUGUCAAGAAUGUGCAUUUCAGCGACUCAGAGGAUUUUACCGCCAAACAUUUUCACCCUUCUGAUCCGUUAUCAGAUCUUCAUCUGGAUGCAACUACUUCUCUUUUGAAAGUUUUGAAAGCUCAUGAUAAUGUGAUUACUUCAUCUCAACUGGUCGAGGAGAUAGAAAAGGUCAAUGCCGCAAUUUUGGAUUGUAAUUCGAAACUGCAGAAUGGGGAGGCUAAAGAUUCAUCAGCUUCCAAUGCAUAUGGAGAUGAUGUUGAGGCAGAAGCAAACGCUUAUUUCCAUCAAAUGUUUUCUAGUCAGUUGAGUGUUGAUGCGAUGGUUCAAAUGCUUUCUCGAUACAAGGACUCUUUAGUUCAAAGGGAAAAAUUAAUUUUUGAAUGCAUGAUCGCUAAUCUGUUUGAAGAAUAUCGUUUUUUCCCCAAGUAUCCUGAGAGACAGCUGAAAAUAGCCUCCAUCCUCUUUGGUUCUGUUAUAAAGCACCAGCUUAUAAGUUCCCUCACUCUGGGGAUGGCCCUGCGUCUAGUCUUGGAUUCUUUGCGUAAACCUGCAGAUUCAAAAAUGUUUCUCUUUGGAAGCAAGGCUCUAGAACAGUUCGUGAACCGUCUGGUUGAAUUGCCUCAAUACUGCAACCAUAUUCUGCAAAUAUCGCAUCUGCGUAGCACUCACCCUGAGUUAGUCACUGUUAUUGAACAAGCACUUUCAAGGAUAUCAUCUGGUAAUUUAGAGUCCGAUGCCUCUGUUUCACACCCUGCUCCCUCGCAGUCUUUCCCUGGAAAUGGCGAGUUGAGUGGUUCUAGCUCUGGCCAAUCUGCAUUACAGCAUUCUUCUCCCAUACAGCUUCAACAGCAAAAUGAAGUGCAUAUUGAUGACCGCAGCAAUGUGCCUAGUGUGCCAUCUAAUGACGCAAGGCCACUUCUGCCAUCGUUAUCAACCACUUCGGCUGAUGUUUCUGUCAUUCCAAGGAAUCCUGGCAUUUCAACGUCUUCUUCAACCUCAUCUGGUCUUGGUCGUCAAACUCGUGGAGCUACUUCGACAAGGUUUGGCUCUGCUUUGAACAUAGAAACCUUGGUUGCAGCAGCUGAAAGAAGAGAAAACGCAAUCGAGACUCCACUGCAGAAUGUUCAGGAUAAAGUUUCUUUCAUAAUCAAUAAUCUCUCUAUAGCAAACAUUGAAUCGAAAGGGAAAGAGUUUGCUGAUAUUUUACCUCAACAGUAUUAUCCUUGGUUUGCACAGUACAUGGUUAUGAAAAGAGCGAGCAUCGAGCAAAAUUUUCAUGAUCUGUACCUGAAGUUCUUGGAUAAAGUUGAUUCGAAGCUGUUAUUUAAGGAGAUACUUCAAAAUACUUAUGAAAAUUGCAAGGUUCUUUUGGGUUCAGAGCUCAUAAAGUCAAGUUCUGAAGAGCGAUCUCUUCUUAAAAAUUUAGGCAGUUGGCUUGGAAAGUUGACCAUUGGAAGGAAUUAUGUUUUAAGGGCGCGAGAAAUAGAUCCAAAAUCCUUGAUUGUGGAGGCAUAUGAAAAAGGGUUGAUGAUUGCGGUCAUUCCAUUUACUUCAAAGGUUCUGGAGCCAUGCCAAAACAGUAUUGCCUAUCAGCCUCCCAAUCCUUGGACGAUGGCUAUACUUGGCUUGCUCGCUGAGAUUUAUUCAAUGCCAAACCUAAAAAUGAAUCUGAAGUUUGACAUAGAGGUUUUAUUCAAGAACCUUGGCGUUGAUAUAAAAGAAGUAGCGCCAACUUCCCUUCUAAAGGACCGGAAGAGAGAAAUAGAUGGGAAUCCUGAUUUUAGUAACAAAGAUCUUAUCUCUCAGCCGCAGAUGAUAUCAGAGCCUAAAACAGUUUCUCCUCUUAAGCAAAUAGACCUACCUCUUGAUGUUGCAAAUUCUCCGAAUACAGACGUUCCCUCGAAGUUAUUAUCACAGUAUGUAGCCCCUCAACGUGUUUAUCCUAAUACUUUGAUGGAAGAGGAAAAAGUGGCAACUCUAGGUUUGUCUGAUCAGUUGCCGUCACCUCAAGGACUGUUCCAGUCAACUCCGUCCCCAUUGUUUUCUAUCAGUCAGCAGUUGUCAGCAGCACUUCCCAACAUUGGAAAUCAUGUUGUUAUUAAUCAGAAGUUGAGCGGAUUUGGUAUGCACUUUCCAUUUCAGAGAGUGGUACCACUUGCCAUGGACAGAGCUAUCAAGGAGAUUGUGUCUGGUAUUGUGCAGCGAAGUGUUUGUAUUGCAUGCCAAACAACAAAAGAACUUGUGCUGAAGGAUUAUGCCAUGGAACCCGAAGAAUCACGUAUUUAUAAUGCAGCUCACUUGAUGGUUGCGAGUUUAGCUGGGAGUUUGGCUCAUGUGACAUGCAAGGAACCCUUGCGUACUUCAAUAUCCGGUCAUCUACGGAAUUCUCUCCAGGGUCUGAAUAUUGCAAAUGAAUCUCUUGAACAAAUUGUGCAACUUGUCACCAAUGACAAUCUUGAUUUGGGUUGUGCGGCUAUUGAACAUGCGGCUACAGAUAAGGUUUUUGUUAGAUAAAUUAUCCCGCUUUUU